AUCUCUAUCCUUAUACCAACUCUACCCUUAGGCUUUCGUCGCCGAUAUCUAAACACGUCCUCCCCCCCAAGAGCUUCACCCCUCCCUAUCCAUCUCUGAGAGCUAAGCAAGUGAUGGCGAAGUUCAAAUUUCAAGUCUAAAAUUGUUGCAGCAUCUAAACCGGCGUCCAUGUAAGAAUCAACUGAGUGAGGGUGAAUUGAUGGAUUUACACGUGAUGCAAUCUGUCCAAGUAAUCAAGUUAUGAAGAUGCAAAGUUGUUUGGAAUGGUUUGUUUUACCAGUAAACUAAAAUCGGAACUUCAAUUUGAAAGAAGAUGGAGGAACUAUUAUGGAUCUGCCGAUCUGGUGUAAUGGGGUUAAAAAUUGUUGGUGGGUGCAAGGGUAUUAUUGUACUUCAACAAAAUAUUACAUCUAAAAUCACUUUUUUUAUCAAACACUCCAACUUUUACAUUUUAAUUAAAAUCACUUCUAUUUUCAAACACUACCUACUUUUACUACAAAUCACUUCUAUUUCCAAACACUAUCUACUUUUACUACAAAUCACUUUUUCAAUAAUCUCUUAAAAAAAUCACUUUUAAAAAGCACAAGUAAUCACAAACACUCCCUAAAAUUUGGUGUACACCCAGUAUUCUAAAAAGGCCUUAUUAGGCGGCUCAUAGGCGCACCAUUGCGCAAGGCGCACAGCAAACGCCCCGCACAGCCUUGAGGCGUGCUAAAAGGCGUGUUAAGCCUUUAAAAUCCGGAAAAAAUAAACUUAACUAAAGCCUGUUAGGCCAUAUUUAGUCCCACAUUUAGUCCCACGUGCACAGCGUAGCAACGUAGCCUUAACUUGGCAAUUCGAUUAAUAUAUACCCAGUCAGGAGGAGGAUUUGUCUCUUCCUUUCCGGUGUGGGAAUACUAAAAUAGUACUCCCUCCCCAAAAUUAGCUUCUCACUUUCCUUUUUGGGCAGUCCCGAAAUUAACUUCACACUCCAAAAUUUUCCUUAUUUGGCAAAUAAUCUACAUCAAAAAAGUGUCAAACAGUGCCAAACAGUUUGCAAAUAGUGUAAAACAGUGUUUAAACAGUGCACUCCACAGUAAAGUCAAAUUUAUUUUCUUAAUCUGUGUGAAGUCAAACUAAGAACUUAAUUGCGGGACGGAGGGAGUAGUAGAACUACGUUGCACCUAUAUGCUUGUUCACAUUUUUUUACGGUUGCUUGCUCACAUUCUUUAUUUCUUAGUUUUGAGUAUAGAUCUACUCCGGAUUAUAUUGCUUAUAUUAUACUCCGUAUAACUAUAAACUUUAAUUCAAUCACUUCAUUUUUUAUUAAUAAUAGUUAACAUUAAUGUUUCCUUUAAAAAAAAAAAUAGUUAACAUAAAUGUAUUAUAUCUACUGAAAAGUAAUGGUGUAUUAUUGUUAUAAUAUUGUUUUUACUCUUGUAUGUUGAAACAAUAUGCUUAAUAUUGCUAUUAGUAUUAUCAUUAUAAAUAUCUAUUUUACAAUUUCUUAUUUGUUGUAUAGCUGAUGCAUCAUGCAUAUAUUAUGAGUCAUUGAUAGUUUUUCAAAAUUGUAUUGUCCGAAAAUGUAAAAGUAUGAUGCUUUUACGUGGUAUAUUUCACAUUCCAUGUGUAUGUUUAUUACUUUUUCAGAUCAAGUUUUUGUGUAAUUAGUGAAUUUAUACUAUGUAUUUGUUAGAUUUAGGUCCCGAUAAACACCUUUAUGUCGAAAAUGAGAACAAUCUUAUGUUUUUGAAUAACAUUGUUUAUUUUUAUAUUUAAAUAUUUAAAAACAUCUUUACGAAUAUUUAAAUAAAUGAUAAAAAAUCAAAACGCCUUUUCACGCCUAAGUCCCGUCUAAGCCCGUCUAAGCUUUAAAGGCUUAAGGUUUGGGUGUACCGCUUCAGCAUGCCUUACACCUUUUAGAACAUUGUGUACACCAAUGUAACUUUUUUUUCUCUCAUUUGUGAUUUUAUGAGAUGGGAAUGAAGAAGAAUCUUUUUGAUGCUCCAUUUACCCGCUGUACAUAAGCAGGCUCUCAUGUGCUGUCAACUCCAUCAUCGAAACCCACUGACUCAUUCUGCCACUCUCGUCCUCUCCGCAUCGCCAAAGGCCCACAACCCCACCAUUUGCCAUUCUUUAAUGCUUUCGCCAAUAUAUUGUGUGCACUGUAGAGAGUUCCAGGAUAUUGGACAUUUGGACUGGCCCUGGAUUGUGGGAAGUCUGUCUCAAAUUGAGCUUGGUUUGCUCAAUUGCUUUAUGAUGAUGCGGUCUCUUCCUUCGAAACCAUUGUUUCGAUUAUUUGAUUAGAGUCACAGAUUUUUGUUUAACAUGCUUAUUAUAGUAUCGGAGUAAUAAUAUACACAGUACUUCAUAUUACUGUAUGAAGUGUCUGGUCGUGAGGAGUGGUAUUAGAAUCCCACACCGGGAAAGUUUGAAUCAACAAAAUGUUAUGUUAACAUGUUAAGACCCGGAGUUUUAUUCUAAAAGGUCAACCUAAUAAGAGUAGCCCAUGUGUUAAUAUAACAUUUUGUUCAUCCAAACUUUUCUGGUGUAGGACAUUUACAC